AUCUUUCUUCCCCCAAGUCGGUGCUGUUCUUGGAAUAUUCUUUCUUGGUUUUGGAAUUGGAGAGCAAUUUUCGACUCUAAUGGCUCUAAACUCACUUUCUCCAGCUGAAAUCAAGUCUCUCUCCUUCCUCGACUCCACCAAAUCAAAGUCCAUCAACUUUCCCAAGCUAUUUCCAGGAGAGUUCACUUUUAAGAGGAAGGAUUGCAGCACCAGAUUUGGUACUAGAAUCCAGUGCUCAGUUCAGGCUCAGCAACCACCUUCAGCCUGGCCAGGACGAGCUUUUCCAGACCCCGACCGGAAGACUUGGGAUGGUCCCAAGCCUAUCUCAGUUGUUGGUUCUACCGGCUCCAUUGGAACUCAGACAUUGGACAUAGUAGCAGAGAAUCCAGAUAAGUUCAAAAUUGUGGCUUUGGCUGCUGGUUCAAAUGUAACUCUUCUUGCUGAUCAGGUUAGGAGAUUUAAACCUCAACUGGUUGCCAUAAGAAACCAGUCAUUAGUUGGUGAACUGAAAGAGGCUUUGGCUGAUGUUGAACAAAAGCCUGAAAUUGUCCCAGGGGAGCAAGGGGUUAUUGAGGUUGCCCAACACCCAGAUGCUGUCACCGUAGUUACAGGAAUAGUAGGUUGUGCUGGAUUAAAGCCUACUGUGGCUGCAAUAGAAGCUGGGAAAGAUAUAGCCUUGGCAAAUAAGGAGACCUUGAUUGCCGGUGGUCCUUUUGUCCUUCCUCUAGCUCACAAGCAUAAAGUAAAAAUUCUUCCAGCUGAUUCUGAACAUUCUGCUGUAUUUCAGUGUAUUCAGGGCUUGCCAGAUGGUGCACUUCGGCGUAUCAUUUUGACUGCAUCUGGUGGCGCUUUCAGGGAUUGGCCUGUUGAGAAGUUGAAAGAGGUUAAAGUAGCUGAUGCUUUGAAGCACCCAAACUGGUGUAUGGGGAAAAAGAUUACUGUGGACUCUGCAACCCUUUUUAAUAAGGGGCUGGAAGUCAUUGAAGCUCAUUAUCUUUUUGGAGCUGAUUAUGAUAAUAUUGAGAUAGUAAUUCAUCCACAAUCAAUUAUACAUUCAAUGAUUGAAACACAGGAUUCAUCUAUUCUUGCACAGUUGGGAUGGCCAGACAUGCGGCUGCCAAUCCUCUACACAAUGUCAUGGCCAGAAAGAAUUUAUUGCUCUGAAAUAACCUGGCCUCGCCUUGAUCUUUGCAAGCUUGGUUCGCUAACAUUUAAGGCUCCUGACAAUAUAAAAUAUCCAUCAAUGAGUCUUGCCUAUGCUGCUGGACGGGCUGGUGGCACCAUGACCGGAGUUCUUAGUGCAGCUAAUGAGAAAGCUGUAGAAAUGUUCAUCAAUGAAGAGAUUAGCUAUCUGGAUAUUUUCAAGUUUGUUGAGCUGACAUGUGAGAAACACCAAGCAGAACUGGUGUUAACACCAUCUCUAGAGGAAAUAGUUCAUUAUGACUUAUGGGCACGGGAUUAUGCUGCUACCCUGCAUCAUAGAACAGGUCGGAGUCCUGUCCUUGCAUGACCUAUGGCUUCCUCAUGUUGCCAAGACAAUGACACCAAAAGCUAUACAUUUAAGACCCGGGAGGUUUUGAAUUCAUGCCAAAGGGUGCCAUUCUUGCAAAGGUUUAUAGGGACAUCGAACAACUGUAUAUCCAUUGUCGAAAUAGGCAUCUAGAAUGUUGCUCCCCAUUUUUAGUAUCAUCUUUCUCCUUUUUUUUUUUUUGGUUGCCCCUGAUGGCCUAGUACUUCUCUUAAAUUUAUUAGGAAGACAAAUAAGUGCCUCUGGCAGAGAUGGAAGUGGGGAGGGAAGAAGAUCGUUGAUUAUUCACGGUGGUGCUAGGUGUUGGAGAAAAUAUUUUCCCAUACAAUCGUGUUAGACCAACGUGGUAUUACAGGCCACGAAUAAAAUUUUGAGCGUCAAUACAAUAGUAAUUGCAUGGGCAAUCACAGCAUCUCCAUUGGUUUUGUAUGAACAUUUGCAGAAUAUAUUGUUGAUGAGGGGUGAGUAUUAUAAGUACACGUAACAUGUCGCUUAAAUAAGUUGAGUAAAUAGUUCUAAACUUU